AUGCUGGUGCCCUCACAAGAGCCAGACCUGUGCAGUGCCCGAGAUUUCGCCACCCGCCUCCACAGUGCCAUGCGCAACCUACAGCCAGUCCAGCCUCGCUCCUCUCCUAAGAAGAUUUUUGUGAGCCAGGACCUGGACACCUGUACACACGUCUUCGUCCGCGUCGAUGCUGUUCAGCACCCCCUCUCACAACCAUACCAAGGGCCCUAUCGUGUCUUGCGGCGGACACGCAAGACUGUGACCAUCGACCGGAACGGCACUCAGGACGCUGUAUCCAUGGACCGGGUCAAACCGGCCUACCUGCUUGACCCUGCUCAACCUCAGGUGGUCGCCACAACGUCCCUGGACGGUCCUGACUCAUCCAGCCGCACCAGGAAAAUCUCGUUUCUCCUCCCUCGAAACUAG